AUGGCUAGCCCGCCGGGCUGCACUUCUAAAGCCCGCUCAUGCUGGAAGGAGCAAAAUGCCGUCGGGUUUACUGGCAGUUCUGCACCAAGGUGCUUUAAGACAGUGGAAUGGAACGUUCAUGUUUCAGCUGCAGCCCGCAGGUGGCAGGCCAGCUACUCGCGCAUGCGCAGCUCUAUUCAGCGCAUGUGCUGCCCCUAUGAAUUCUGUGCUAGGGCUCCUCCCUUCCUGGCUGCAACUGACGGCAGCGGAGCGUGGAACCACUGCGCAUUUCUGGGCUUCACUCUGAGAUUUCCUUUUCGCCUGCUUGGUCAGGCUGAGAAGCAAACUUUCAAGCUGAACCCACUCCCAUCGCCAUUG